CAUGGAAGCAACCAAGCUUUGAUAGCGCACGACUUUGGAUCCACUGCAUGAAUCUGCAUGGCUUUCAUGUGAACUAGCACUUAAGACCUUGUGUAACAACAUGGACACUGGGGACCCAGCUAUAGGACAAAGAGCUACCUCAAGGUCUGGAGACUCUGAUAUAGCUUCAGGUAGAUGGAGACAGGAGCCAUCGGCUGUUAAGAUGAGCACUUUUGGCAGUCAAGAAGGACAGAGGCAAACACAAAUCGAUCCCGAGCAAAUCGGAAACACAGCAUCAGCACAACUGUUUGGUUCUGGGAAACUGGCAUCACCCAAUGAAGUGGUCCAGCAAGUCCCAGAGAAGCAAUAUCCACCUCACCAUCCGAAUCCUUAUUCCUGCCAACACUCACUCCCUUUUCCUCAGCACUCUUUGCCACAGGGGGUCAUGCACAGCAACAAGCUCCAUCAGAGCCUAGAAGGCCCUCCGUGGCUCUUUCCUGGCCAUUUGCAAUCUGUUGCCUCUGAGGACUUAUUUCCUUUUCCUCUACAUGGCCACAGUGGUGGCUAUCACAGAAAAAAGAUUUCAAGUCUGAACCCUGCUUAUAGCCAAUACUCCCAGAAAAGUAUCGACCAGUCUGAAGAUGCUCACAAGAAAGAGCACAAACCCAAAAAGCCCGGCAAAUACAUUUGCCCUUACUGCAGUAGGGCAUGUGCCAAACCAAGCGUACUGAAAAAGCAUAUCAGAUCCCAUACUGGUGAGCGGCCAUAUCCAUGUAUACCUUGUGGUUUCUCUUUCAAGACAAAAAGCAAUUUGUACAAGCACAGGAAGUCCCAUGCUCAUGCAAUUAAGGCUGGGUUAGUACCUUUCACCGAGUCAGCGGUAUCUAAAUUGGACCUAGAGGCUGGUUUUAUUGAUGUCGAAGCAGAAAUACAUUCAGAUGGUGAGCAGAGUACAGACACAGAUGAGGAGAAUUCAUUAUUUGUUGAGUCUUCUGAGAAAAUGAGCCCCUGCCCACCAAUCCCAUUGGAUAUUGCUGGCAGAGGCAGCUAUCAUGGGUCAUUGGAAGAGUCUUUAGGAGGUCCCAUAAAGGUGCCGAUUCUGAUUAUCCCAAAAAGUGGGAUUCCAUUGCCUAAUGAAAGUUCUCAGUAUAUUGGCUCUGAUAUGCUACCAAAUCCAUCUUUAAAUGCUAAAGCUGAUGACUCUCACACGGUUAAGCAGAAACUUGCACUAAGACUGUCAGAGAAAAAAGGACACGAUUCUGAGCCAUCUGUAAACCUUCUGAGCCCGCAUAGUAAAGGAAGCACUGAUUCGGGAUACUUUUCUCGCUCAGAAAGUGCAGAGCAGCAAAUAAGCCCUCCAAAUACAAAUGCAAAGUCUUAUGAAGAAAUCAUCUUUGGAAAAUAUUGCCGGCUUAGUCCAAGAAAUGCACUCAGUGUUACACCCACAAGUCAGGAGGGCACCACAAUGGGUAGGAAGGGCAUGAUGGAAUCAUUACCUCACAUAAACACCAGGUUAGAUGUCAAGAUGUUUGAAGAUCCUGUAUCACAACUGAUUCCAGGCAAAGGAGACAUUGACCCCAGUCAAACGGGCAUGCUGAAAUCCACUAAAUACAAUAGUGAGUCCAGACAACCCCAGCCGAUGGUAUCAUCUGUCAGGAAUGAAGGAAAAUUUUAUUCAGCAAAUUUCCAAGGCAGCAACCCAGUCCUCUUAGAUGCUCCUGUAGACUCUUCACCCCUUAUUAGAAGCAACUCAAUGCCAACUUCUUCAGCAACUAAUUUAAGUAUUCCCCCUUCUUUGAGAGGAAGUCACUCAUUUGAUGAAAGAAUGACUGGUUCGGAUGAUGUAUUCUAUCCAGGGACUGUAGGAAUACCACCUCAGCGUAUGUUAAGAAGACAGGCAGCAUUUGAGCUGCCGUCAGUACAGGAGGGGCAUGUGGAGGUAGAGCAUCAUGUUAGAAUGUCAAAAGGCAUCACAGGUUCAUCACUGAAGGAAAAGAAAUUUUUUUCUGGGGAUAGGGUUGGGUAUGACUAUGAUAUAGGUCAGAAACCCUACAAGAAGUGGGAAGACUCUGAAACACCAAAGCAAAGCUACAGGGACAUUUCCUGCUUAAGUUCUUUAAAACAUGGCGGAGAGUAUUUUAUGGAUCCAUCGGUACCACUGCAGGGAGUGCCAACCAUGUUUGGAACUACAUGUGAAAACAGAAAACGCCGGAAAGAGAAGAGUGUAGGAGACGAGGAAGACACCCCCAUGAUUUGCAGCAGCGUUGUAAGCACUCCCAUGGGCUUAAUGACUUCAGAGUAUGACCCUAAAUUGCAGAUGCAGGAGGGCGUGAGGAGUGGAUUUGCCAUGAUUGGACAUGAGAACCCUGCUCAUGGUCACGGGGAACGCUUUGACCCAUGCCGACCCCAACUGCAAUCUGGAAGUGCAUCUCUUGGGUCAGAGGAGUCACCCUUAGCCACUGACUCAGACAAGAUGUCAGACUUGGGGGGCAGGAAACCUCCUGGAAAUGUGAUUUCUGUGAUUCAGCACACAAACUCGCUGAGCCGACCCAAUUCGUUUGAAAGAUCUGAGUCUGCGGAACUUGUGACUUCUGCACAAGAUAAAGCCUCUUCACCUUCUGAGACUUGUGACAGUGAGCUUUCAGAAGCCCCAGUGAGUCCACAGUGGGCUGCACAGGGGGACAGUGCAGAAAGUGGGGGGAAGCCAUCCCCUUCUCAGCAGGUACCGCAUCAGUCCUAUCAUGCACAGCCCAGGUUGGUUCGCCAGCACAAUAUUCAAGUCCCUGAGAUCCGUGUGACAGAAGAGCCUGACAAACCAGAGAAGGAGAAAGAAGCACAGAGUAAGGAACCAGAAAAGCCUGUGGAGGAAUUUCAGUGGCCCCAGAGAAGUGAGACCCUUUCCCAGCUCCCGGCUGAAAAGUUGCCACCUAAAAAGAAGCGUUUGCGCCUUGCAGAUAUGGAACACUCCUCUGGGGAGUCCAGCUUUGAGUCCACAGGAACCGGCCUCUCUCGAAGCCCCAGUCAAGAUAGCAACUUAUCCCAUUGCUCCAGUUUUUCAAUGUCUUUUGAAAGAGACGAAACCAUUAAGCUUGUGGCACCUCCGAGGCAGGAUGAAUUCGGGAAGCAUUCUGAGUUUCUGACCGUCCCUGCUGGCUCAUACUCUCUGUCUGUCCCUGGUCAUCACCACCAGAAAGAGAUGCGGCGUUGUUCAUCUGAGCAGAUGCCUUGCCCUCACCCCACGGAAGUCCCUGAAAUUAGGAGCAAAUCAUUUGAUUAUGGAAACUUGUCUCAUGCUCCUGUGGGAGGGGGGUCAGCCUCAACAUUAUCACCAUCACGAGAGAGGAAGAAAUGCUUCUUGGUUCGGCAGGCUUCCUUCAGUGGUUCUCCAGAGAUUGCCCAGGGUGAUGCUGGCUUGGAUCAGAGUGUGAAGCAGGAGCAGAUGGAGCAACUGCACGCAGGCCUCAGGUCUGUGUGGCACCACGGUCCAUCUGCUCUGCUUCCUCCCCUGCAAGCGGAUGACCCUGGAAAGCAGGUCGUGGGGCCUAGUGGCCAACUGAGUACUGGGUCCCUCCACCUGGCUCAACAACAGAUCAUGCACAUUGACAGUCCGGAUUCUUUGAGAAACCCCUUGAUACAACCCACAUCUUAUAUUGGCAGCAAGCACUUAGGUGAACAGCCACAUUUAUUUCCCCAUCAAGAGACGAUUCCAUUUUCUCCGCUUCAGAAUGCUUUGUUUCAGUUUCAGCAUCCCACUGUCUGUAUGGUUCAUCUGCCAGCUCAGCAGCCUCCCUGGUGGCAGGCCCAUUUCCCAUCUCCCUUUGCUCCACACCCUCAGAAGAGCUACGGCAAGCCUUCUUUCCAGUCAGAAAUUCAUUCUACCUACCCCUUAGAGCACGUUUCAGAGCACACUGGAAAGAAAACUGCUGAUUAUGCACACGCAAAAGAGCAAACAUACCCAUGUUAUUCAGGAACAUCAGGGCCACACUCAAAGAGCCUUCUUCCAAAGUUGCCCUCAGACUCAAGCACUAAGUCAAUGGAUACUCCCUCCGAGCAGCUUUUCCAAGAAGAUUUUGCCUCGGCAAAUGCUGCACCUUUACAGUCCUUACCAGGAACAGUGGUUCCUGUUAGAAUCCAGACUCAUGUACCAUCCUAUGGGAGUGUCAUGUACACAAGCAUUUCUCAGAUACUUGGGCAGAACAGUCCUGCAAUUGUCAUAUGCAAAGUUGAUGAGAAUAUGACACAAAGAACACUGGUAACCAGCGCAGCCAUGCAAGGAAUAGGGUUUAACAUUGCGCAGGUGUUAGGGCAGCAUGCAGGCUUGGAAAAAUAUCCCAUUUGGAAAGUACCUCAGACCUUACCCCUUGGCUUAGAAUCCUCAAUCCCGUUAUGUUUACCUUCUACCUCUGAUAGUGUCGCCACCCUUGGAGGUAGCAAGCGCAUGCUUUCUCCAGCCAGCAGCUUAGAACUCUUCAUGGAAACAAAGCAGCAGAAACGGGUGAAAGAGGAAAAGAUGUACGGACAGAUUGUUGAGGAGCUCAGUGCUGUGGAGCUAACCAACUCUGACAUCAAAAAGGAUCUCUCUCGCCCACAGAAGCCACAGUUGGUUCGGCAAGGCUGCGCUUCUGAGCCGAAGGAUGGCUCACAGUCAAGAUCAUCUUCCUUCUCCUCACUAUCACCCUCCUCAUCUCAAGACCACCCAUCUGUUGGCACUCCCUCGAGGGAGCCAUUCCCACCCAGCAGGGAGAUGCUUUCUGGCUCCAGGGGCCCGCCUCCAGGGCAGAGGUCCAGUGGGCCUUCUGAAAGCAGAGAAUCAUCAGAUGAGUUAGAUAUUGAUGAGACAGCAUCUGACAUGAGUAUGAGCCCACAGAGUUCUUCAUUGCCACCAGGGGACAGUCAUCCUGAAGGUCAAGGCAAGGGCCAGAAGAUGCCUGUUGGUAUGCUGGUCCAGAUGGCAUCUGACCCAAGUGGGAAAGUGGCAAACUCAACUCUUCUUUUCACGGACGUGGCAGAUUUCCAGCAAAUUCUUCAGUUCCCCAGUCUGCGGACAACAACCACUGUGAGUUGGUGCUUCUUGAAUUAUACAAAACCCAAUUAUGUGCAACAGGCCACCUUCAAAUCCUCAGUCUACGCUUCAUGGUGCAUUAGUUCCUGUAACCCAAACCCAUCGGGACUGAACACCAAGACCACGCUGGCUCUUCUGAGAUCCAAGCAAAAAAUCACCGCAGAGAUUUAUACUCUGGCUGCUAUGCAUAGACCUGGAACUGGCAAGCUGACAUCAUCAAGUGCUUGGAAACAGUUUGCUCAGAUGAAACCUGAUGCAUCAUUUUUAUUUGGCAGCAAACUAGAGAGGAAACUAGUGGGAAAUAUGUUAAAGGACAGAGGGAAAGGAGAUAAUCAUGGAGAUAAAGAGAUCGGAUCCAAACAAACUGAGCCAAUCCGAAUCAAGAUUUUUGAAGGAGGGUAUAAAUCAAAUGAGGACUAUGUGUAUGUUAGAGGACGUGGACGUGGAAAGUACAUUUGUGAAGAAUGUGGGAUUCGCUGUAAGAAGCCAAGCAUGCUCAAAAAACAUAUUCGCACUCAUACUGAUGUCCGGCCUUAUGUAUGCAAGUUAUGUAACUUUGCCUUCAAAACAAAAGGGAACCUAACGAAGCAUAUGAAAUCUAAAGCACACAUGAAAAAAUGCUUGGAGUUGGGAGUCUCAAUGACAUCUGUGGAUGACACAGAAACGGAGGAAGCAGAAAAUAUGGAAGAUUUGCACAAAGCAACUGAGAAGAACAGCAUGUCCAGCAUUUCGACCGAUCAUCAGUUUUCAGAUGCUGAGGAAUCAGAUGGCGAGGAUGGGGAUGACAAUGAUGAUGAUGAUGAAGAUGAUGAUGACUUUGAUGACCAGGGAGAUUUGACACCCAAAACAAGAUCAAGAAGCACCAGUCCCCAGCCUCCUAGGUUCUCCUCCUUGCCUGUGAAUGUUGGCGCUGUGCCCCAUGGGGUUCCUUCAGAUGGUUCCUUGGGACAUUCCUCAUUGAUUAGUUAUUUGGUUACUUUGCCAAGUAUUCAGGUUACUCAGCUUAUGACACCAAGUGACUCGUGUGAAGAUACCCAGAUGACAGAAUAUCAGAGGUUAUUCCAGAGCAAAAGUACAGACUCGGAACCAGACAAAGACAGGUUAGACAUACCUAGCUGUAUGGAAGAAGAGUAUGUGCUGUCUUCAGAGCCAAGCUCCUCGCCAAGGGACUUCUCGCCCUCAAGCCGUCAUUCCUCACCAGGAUAUGAUUCUUCACCUUGUCAAGAUAACUCACCAAAGAGGUAUCUGAUACCCAAAGGAGAUUUAUCACCCAGAAGACAUUUGUCACCCAGGAGAGAUCUGUCACCCAUGAGGCAUCUUUCACCAAGAAAAGAAGCUGCAUUAAGAAGAGAGAUGUCACAAAGAGAUGUUUCCCCAAGAAGACAUUUGUCCCCAAGGAGGCCACUGUCACCUGGGAAAGAUAUCGGUGCGAGAAGAGACCUCUCCCCCAGAAGAGAGAGAAGAUACAUGACCACCAUCAGAGCACCAUCACCCAGAAGGGCUUUAUACCAUAACGCACCAUUAUCUGUGGGACAGUAUUUGCAAACAGAGCCAAUUGUAUUGGGGCCUCCUAAUUUAAGAAGAGGAUUACCUCAGGUUCCUUACUUCAGUCUCUAUGGAGACCAAGAAGGUGCUUAUGAACAUCACGGCUCCAGCCUUUUCCCUGAGGGUCCUAAUGACUAUGUCUUCAGUCAUCUUCCACUCCACUCUCAGCAACAAGUACGAGCUCCUAUCCCCAUGGUGCCAGUUGGUGGGAUCCAAAUGGUUCACUCCAUGCCGCAGGCCCUUUCCGGUUUACAACCUCCGCCCACAUUGCCUCUGCCAAUGGAGGGUUCCGAGGAGAAGAAAGGGGCUUCUGGGGAGGCCUUCGUUAAGGAUCCCUAUGUUAUUUCUAAGCAGUACGAAAAGCGAUCUUCGCAUGUCUUGCAGUCAUCUGGUUCACCUAGCACUCCCUCCUCUCCUCUGCUACUGAUGAAACAGAGCACUUCAGAAGACAGCCUAAAUGCAACAGAGAGGGAACAGGAGGAAAAUAUCCAGACUUGUACAAAAGCCAUUGCCUCUCUCCGGAUUGCCACAGAAGAGGCUGCUCUGCUUGGGCCAGACCAGCCAGUGCGGAUUCAGGAUCCCCAACAAAAACCCUUGGAAAGUGCACAUGCUAGUAUUAGACACUUUAGUGGACCUGAGCCAGGUCAGCCUUGUACCUCAGCUACCCACCCGGACCUGCAUGAUGGUGACAAGGACAAUUUUGGUACAUCACAGACUGCAUUAGCUCAUUCCACGUUUUACAGCACGAGUUGUGUGGAUGACAAACAGUUGGGCCUUCCGAGCAGCAAUGAGUUCUCUUCAAGCACAGAGGAAGGCAAUAAACCUUCAUCAGAAAAGAGUAAAUUACAUUGAUCUAGGAUGCAUGGAGACUUUCAUUUACACAUUUUCCCAUUUUUUGUUUUUCUAGAAAUAGAGGUAACCAAGUUGAUAGCAUGCCUGUCCUAAAUUACA